GACAUCUUCUUUUGCAGUGACCCAUAUGUGAAACUUUCCUUGUAUGUAGCAGAUGAGAACAGAGAACUUGCUCUUGUGCAGACAAAAACUAUUAAAAAGACACUGAAUCCAAAAUGGAAUGAAGAAUUUUAUUUUAGAGUAAACCCAACCAAUCAUCGUCUCCUGUUUGAAGUGUUUGAUGAAAACAGAUUGACUAGAGACGACUUCCUGGGCCAAGUGGAUGUGCCACUUAGUCACCUGCCGACUGAAGACCCAACCAUGGAAAGGCCAUACACGUUUAAGGAUUUCCUUCUCAGACCAAGAAGCCACAAAUCUCGUGUAAAGGGUUUCUUGAGGCUGAAGAUGGCAUAUAUGCCUAAAAAUGGUGGCCAAGAAGAAGAAAACAGUGAUCAAAGAGAUGAAUCUGAGCAUGGAUGGGAUGUGGUUGAUUCCAAUGACUCCGCAUCUCAGCGUCAGGAGGAGUUACCACCUCCUCCACUGCCUCCUGGAUGGGAAGAAAAGGUGGACAACCUGGGGCGGACUUACUAUGUCAACCAUAACAACAGAACUACUCAGUGGCAUCGACCAAGUUUAAUUGAUGUGGGAUCUGAUUCAGAUAACAAUAUCAGGCAAAUAAACCAAGAAGCAGCCCAUAGGCGGUUCCGCUCUCGGAGACACAUUAGUGAGGAUUUGGAACCAGAACCUGUGGAGAGUGGAGACAUUCCUGAGCCUUGGGAAACCAUUUCAGAGGAGGCAAGUGCAAGUGGAGAUUCCUUAAGCUUGUCAUUGCCACCUCCUCCUGCAUCUCCAGUAUCCCGUACCAGUCCUCAGGAGCUAUCUGAGGAACUGAGCAGAAGACUUCAGGUCACUCCUGACUCCAAUGGGGAACAACUCAGUUCUUUGAUUCAAAGAGAUCCUUCUUCAAGAUUAAGAUCUUGCAGUGUAACAGACACAGUCGCUGAACAGUCUCAACUAUCCCUGCAGAGUGGUCCAUCUAGGAGAGCUCGUUCUUCAACUGUCACAGGUGGUGAGGAACCAACG